GGGAAGAAGAGAAAAAAAAGAGGGAGCUGAGGGGAGGAAAAAAACUGUGUCUUUGUGUGAGAGGGACUCAGUCAGAAAGUGUUUUUGUGAUUAUUUCAGCUUGUCACCAAAGCAAGGCUCUUCCCUCCAAGCUGCAAACACAUCAUUUUUCCACUUUGUGUGUCACGGCUGCCUUACGCGAGAGUCAGACAUGAGUGUGCUUCUCAGGCCGGCAAAACAGCGACACCCGGGCUUCUCCUGAUGAUGAGAGCCAACGUCAGAGUGGUUUCCAUGAAUAUUGAUGUGGAGGAUAGACUCUUUCAUAGAACAGAAGGAGGCAAGAUGGCUGCCCUUUAGGAUUUGUUAAAGAGGAGAUCGAGACAUUUUGUUGGGAUUUCUACAAAGUGGAGGGACAUAAAAAGAAGGACGGACAGAGGGCAGCCCCGUGUAUGGACUCUGAGCAGGCCAGAUGGAAACAGAACAGGCCAAACAUGAGACGGAAGAAAGUCUGAUUAUUUCACAAUUUGGCACAUCUCACAACAUCUCUCACAAACUCCAGAAUGGAAGUCAGUCUUCAGAAGGAGAUUCUCUUCAAGUCUCUGGGGAUGCGAACUGGAUUAAGAACCCAGCACAUUACAAGUCGAGCAAAGUUGCCAACUCCAUGAAGAGGUUCAGGGAGAACUGCAACAACCCUGCAUCGGAACAAGGGCUGUUUGAUCAAGGAUCCUACAAGAUGAAUGGAGAUUUGAUGAAUGGAGAGUUGAAGCAUGCACUUACUGCGCAGUCCUUAUCCGCCCACCAGCCCAAGAAAAUGAAAGUAGAUCUUGAAAUUAAAGGAAAUGAUGACACAGAUCCUAAUGUUAUGGCCAACUUCCCUGAGCUAUCAAAGCCUAAUGAAUUCGAAUGCCAUUCUCCACGGACAGAGGUUAACCUAGAUAAAAGAAACUGUCAUUUUCCAAAUGGUGAUAUUUUCUACCUGCCACGAAAUAAACAAGUUUCAAAUGGAGGUGUGCCAUCCCCCUCAACCAUAGAAAGCACUCCAGGGGAUCUGUUAGAAAAGACUUUGUCUCAGUAUUUUCCUGAGGAAGUAUCAAUUGCGCCACAAACAUCAGGGUCACAGCUAGAUACUGUCAAUGAUUCACUGGGCAACCAGUUGUCCAGUGAAGGUGCUCAAAACCCUGCUCUAACCUCAGGACUGCAUAGUUCAGCUCAGAUCCCCAACUCUCAGACACAGCAGCCUGAGGGUGGCAACAAUUAUAACUCUGUCAACUAUCAAGCGAAUGGAUACUCUAACAGUUUUGGAGGAGACCACAAGCACCAACAGCAGCAUCAUCAACAACAACCACUGUCUUACACCGGUCAGGAGCCAGCUCUGAGACAGUCACCUAUAAAUAAUGUCAAUAGUACACGUCAACAUUUGAAUGGUGCACAGUGUUUUCCAGAUAACAGAAACGCUCAAGGUAUAUAUAUGACAAACCAGCAGGAGUUUAAUCACAGCUCUUUUGUGAAGUGUAGUAAUCCUCCACAGACUGCAGAGGCAGGAGGAUAUGGAUCCUUUCCUGAUUCCAGAAUGGAUCCAAGUGAGACACCUGGAUCUGGUCAACAUCCACACCAGGGCACUGAUAAGGGCUUCCAGUAUGGGAAUCAUACUCCAACUUUUCAAGAAAAUGCUGGAGAGCCGCAUAGAGAUGAUGGUACGGGACACAUAGGACCUGGUCCCCGACAGCCACAUCACACUGGUAUGGAAAAUGGUAUGGAGAACGCACCCCAGCAGAUCCCUAACAUAUCAUGUUCAGCUCCCAGCCAGAGAGGGUGGUUAGAGCAGAAUCCUUCACAUUCCCAGCAGCAACUAACAAGUGGCUCAUCGUCUCAGUCUCAAGAGCAAGAAAUGUGGAGAGGCUUCCCUGCUAAGCCUCAGCCGGAACAGCAAACAAUUAGCCCCCAGGUCCAUGGCCAGAUAUUGGAACCAAAUACAAUGCAAAGAUUUCAGUCACAGGCAGUUUUCACAGAUGGGAGCCGCGGGUCUAAUAGCAUCCAACAGCAGGACUGUCGAACAACCCAAAUGCAAUUCGUUUCGGCCCAGCACAACACUGCCACUAAGUGGCAGCAGUCAAAUUGUAAUGCAGCUCAAAUGCAGCAGACUUUAUCCCAGAAAAUGCCUGAACAGCAAAACUUUCCACAAGAUCAGCAAGCAGAAAACCGCUACCACUCCCAGAUAGAUUCAGAGCACUUACGCAAGGAUACCGACUUGCAGGAUAUACUCUCACCUGGGUUUGUAACAACAAAGAAUAAGCAUCAACAACAGCACUGUCUUCUUCAACGUCCACUGUCACAUCCACCACAAUCUGAAGGGGAGCAACUGAAUAGUCCCAAUUAUAGACCUCACAGUCAACCUCCACCAGGUAUAGACCAGCCUCAACUCAACCAUCUUCUUAGAAAUCAUUCAGCCCAACCCUGCAAUCAAGACAUUCUGCAUAUUGACCAUGCAACAUUUAUUCACAACAAUAGAGCAGACAUGCAACAACCACAACAUGAAAGACAAUAUCAACCAAACUCAGGCAGCAGAAACCUCAAGCAACUUCAACCACAGCAGCCUAACAACCACUGCCAGGAGCCCAACCAAGUGGACUUCCCCCAGUCAUCUACACAGUCACAACCUCACUUACCACAAGGUGUGAUAAACCAACACACAACAAUCCAGAUGCAUCUAAAAGCUGAGCAGCAGCUGAAGCCUUCUUGCACUCAGUUCCAAAGGGGACUUCAACUACCUCCGGGACCUGUGGGCCCCAAUGUUGACUUUCAGAGGCAUGCAGCUCUGCGUAUGCACCUGCUGCAGAGGCAAGAACGCCAGGGCCUUCCUCUUCACUCUCAGAGUUUUAAUGACCCCAAACAAAAUCUGAGAGCUGUGAAAAUGGAAAAUGAGCCAAGAUUUGAGCUCCCUGCUUUACGACAGCAGGAGCAGCUGUUACAGGCGCGGGAGGCAGCCAUGGGUGGAAUGCAAGUCAAGCAAGAAAAUCAACAAUCCCUGUGUGAUCAAAGCAAGAGGAAGGGGAGCAUUCUAAACUCUAUGGAACAAAGUCUGAGGCAGUACCAGAUUUCACCGGUUUUUGAGAAGAAAUCCCUCGUUAUCAAUUCAUCAAAUAAAAUCAAACUGGAAUCCUCAGGGCCUGUCACAAUUCUGUCAACUAACACAGAUGUGAGUGGGGCUGCAUCCUCAGCAGCUGCCUUUGGUCUGAAAAAAAGCAUGGAUUUCACCCCUAAGAAGGAGCUCCUUCAGACCUUUGUAGACUCUCCUCUCAAGCUACUGGACACCCCCAUAAAGAAUCUUUUAGAUACUCCCAUGAAAACUCAGUAUGACAUUCCAUCCUGCCACUGUGUUGAACAAAUUGUUGAGAAGGACGAGGGUCCAUACUACACUCACUUGGGGUCAGCACCUAGUGUUGCUGGUAUACGGGAGCUGAUGGAGAAAAGGUCUGGUCUAACUGGCCGCACCAUCAGGAUUGAGAAAGUGAUUUACACCGGCAAGGAAGGGAAAAGUACACAAGGCUGCCCUAUAGCCAAAUGGGUGAUUCGUCGAUCCAGUGUGGAAGAAAAACUACUGGUAUUGGUGCGUGAACGCACCGGUCACAAAUGUGACACCGCCUGCAUUAUUGUUGUGAUCCUGGUGUGGGAGGGCAUACAGGCCAAUGUGGCUGACCGCCUCUACCUCGAGCUAAGUGAAACUCUAACAAAACAUGGAGCCCUUACGCAGAGACGCUGUGCUUUCAAUGAAGAGAGGACUUGCGCUUGCCAGGGAUUAGAUCCUGAAGCCUGUGGAGCAUCGUUUUCCUUUGGCUGCUCUUGGAGCAUGUAUUAUAACGGCUGCAAGUUUGCUCGUAGCAAAAUCCCGAGGAAAUUCAAGCUACAAGUAGAUGAUGUGAAAGAGGAGGAGAGACUGGAAAAAAACUUUCAAAGUAUGGCAACUUUAUUGGGUCCCUUGUAUAAUAAGAUGGCACCUGAAGCCUAUGCAAACCAGGUGGAACAUGAACACAGGGCCCCAGAUUGUCGUUUGGGUCACAAGGACGGUCGGCCCUUCUCUGGGGUCACGGCCUGUAUGGACUUCUGUGCCCAUGCUCACAGAGACCUCCACAACAUGCAGGGUGGCAGCACUGUGGUGUGUACAUUGACGAGGGAGGAUAACCGAGAAAUUGGAAGAAUACCAGACGAUGAACAGCUCCACGUCUUACCUCUUUACAAGGCUUGCAACACUGAUGAAUUUGGCAGUGAAGAGGGUCAGCAGGAAAAAAUUAAGUCAGGGGCUAUCCAAGUCCUCAGUGCCUUCCGCCGCCAGGUGCGCAUGCUUGCAGAACCUGCCAAGUCUUGCCGGCAAAAGAAACUGGAUGCAAAGAAGGCAGCUGCCAACAAGAAUGCCAUGCAGGAAAACUCUGACAAGGCAGAAAAGGCUCUUCUGGCCAAAGCAAAAGCUGCCACUUAUGAAAAUAUUUCUCAGAGCAAUCCAUUGACAGGGCCAACUUCAGGUGCUGUGGCAGCAGCCCUACAGUCAGGUCAUCCAUCACACCCCCUUGGGGCCCACACACAGCAACUACAACGACAGCACCCUUAUCCCGGCUCAACAAAUGCUGCUUUUGUGAGAUUCCCCAACCAUCCAGGGACUUUUCCAAGCACUUCCAAUCCAGGCAGCAUGUAUCCCCAUCAGCCAACAACACCAGCCAGCCCUUACUCUUCCCCACUUAAUGUACCAAACUCUUUCAUGAACGGGUCAAAUCGUCCAUACCCAGGUUACCAGUGUAACGGAGGAAUGCCCCUUGAUAAUUACCAUCCAUUCUAUGCUCCAAACCAAAAGCAACUGAACAUGUAUCGACAACCGCAGCCAGCACUCUACUCGGAGCAACCGUAUGGAGUACAUCAACGAUAUGAGGCCAAUUAUCCACCAAGAUAUAGCGAGCCAGGUUUACAGGUCAAUGGUUACAAUGUCAUGAGACCAGGUCAAUCUAUGAGACCUUAUAGCCCUUAUGGUCCUAACAGAACCCCUGAUGCUCAGUUUAUUGAUCCCCUUUCAAGAGCUCCCUCUGCCCAUGGAGGCAUAGAUUAUGCACCCGCAGUUAGCAAAGGCAAUCAGUUUGGAGAAUACCCCAAUCCAUAUCUGCGUCAGGGCCCUCACAUCCUAUCCCCAGGCCAAGAUCCUUUCCAUAUGCAAAUCAAAACAGAGAUGGGUAUUUCUGGCCCGCAGGUGCUCUCAACUCAGCCGGGUGGGGGGUGUUUAAAACCUGAAACACAGUCAGUGCUAGGUCUGCCCAAUGGGGGUGUCAUGGCCUGCAAUAUUAAGCAGGAGCCUGGAACACCACAGACACCCACAACCCCACAAAAGACUGAGAUGUGGUCGGACAAUGAGCACAAUUUCUUGGAUCCUGACAUUGGUGGUGUGGCUGUGGCACCAAGUCACGGUUCAGUCCUCAUUGAGUGUGCAAAGCGGGAGCUCCAUGCCACAACACCACUUAAAAAUCCAGACCGCAACCACCCAACACGUAUCUCCUUAGUGUUCUACCAGCACAAGAAUCUGAAUGAGGCGAAACAUGGGCUGGCACUGUGGGAAGCCAAGAUGGCCGAGAAGGCUCGAGAGAAAGAGGAAGAGGCCGAACGGAAUGGUGGUGAAGGGACACCGAGCAAAAGCAACAAGAAGGGUGUGAAGCGUGAGCAUCACGAGUCAUCAGAGCCCCAAGGAGAGCCUCCCUACAAGCGUUUUAUCAAGGCACUAAUGGAAGGAUCGUUAUCAAGCACAUCUAACACAUAUGUCAGCACGACUCCGUAUGCAUUCACCAAGGUCACAGGGCCUUACAAUCAGUUUGUAUAGAGAACAACUGAUUAAAAACUUAAAGGUGCGAUGACACAAGAGACCACAGGCACCAAAGCCUCGUUCUGCGUGAUGAAAGGAACCUGUGAUCAUAAGAAACGAAAAUCACCUUUCACGUCAGGUCUUUCACGCUUUUAACAGCUGAGCUUUACUAGUUGACCCAACUAAGGAUGUAUUUAUUUUUGUUAGGUAACUUUUGCAAUAUACAAAAAAGACAAAAAAAAAAAAAAGAAUCUCUGGUGCUUUCAGUCUAACACACAAGGAUCUGUUUUAGCUGAAAACAAAGUUUCAUUUUUGCUGGCUUUACUUGUUACAAAACUUUGGAGAUGUAAUCUUGGCAUAAAACACUGACUUUGUAAAUGACCGUUUUUCCCGGUGCUAAUGUGUGUGCUUAUUACCAUUACUUUAAUUCUAAUGCCUUCACACUAAAACCACAAGACAUUAUUAGAGCGAUAAUUACCUGUUAACUGAGUACUGGACACUGAAAAAUCCCAUUACUGACAAGACCAUCAGCAUCACAAAAGUUUUUGGAAAGUCAGUGUUUCUUGAAGCACUUUUUGAUGAUUAGAAUAAAAACUUUGAUGAUUUAUUUAAAUCAAAAACACGGAUUAUAUUGUAUUGUUGCAACUUUCAUGAAUUAAUAACAAUGGAUCAUAGAUGAGAUCCUGAAACGUUUCAAUUACAUGCAAAAUAAUCUUUAAAACUAUCAUUACUUUGGUGCUUUUAUCACUUACCGAAGUCGUUUAUACUGUAAAACUGAACCAAUCUCAUGGUGCAUUUUUAAACAUUUUGAGAAAAACAUCAUGUUUUACUUUUACCAGGUUUAUUACGUUCUCAGCAACUGUUGUUAAUGUUCCUUACAGCGGGUUUAAAGAUCAAACUUGCUUAGUGAAUAUUUCAUGUAGUUUUAUGCGGUGCUCGGUAUAUGUGGUUUUAUACACUGAGGGACACAGAACAGGGUAAGCUCAGUGUCGGUUUCGGAGGGCAGCUGGCUUGCUGUGGGGUUUUUACUUAUUGUAAUCUAACUGUAAGAUAAACAGGUGAAAUUUGUACAGUAAAUUAAUUUUCUUUUUGAAUUUACUGUUAGAGAGUUUGUGUUGUAAAAAGUGCUGACGGCCUGUUUCAUUGUAUUUCUUCUGAUCAACUGAUUUUUAUUUCAUAAGGUGCUAUUCAACCUACUAUAAACAUACAAUGUGAGAGUCUUUGGGCAGUGAGAAGGCUUUUAAAUAAUGUACAGUAUAAACUUGUCAUAUACCUCAAACCUAGUUAGGCAAUAGGAUUUUUACAUAUCUUUUGUCAUUUAUAUAUAAUUUUCAAAAAUAUUAACAGCAAAAGUUUAGGCCACCAAAAGGCAUAAAAGUUCAUUUCUUACUUUCAAGGUGCUAUGAAAGUACUACUUGAACUUUGGAGUUACUGUCAAAAUCAGGGACAUUUUCGACUAACUUUGUGUACAUCUUCACCACCUGUAUUCAUCUUGUCUUUUUCCACAUGCAGGGACUUUCCAUUGCAUCCUGAAUCCCAAUAGCAUUCUCGGCUGAUACAGUUCACACACAAAACAAAUAUAUGUAUUUUGUAAGGAAAAAAACAAAAAUACUGUCCUGCAAAUUUCAGCAAAAAAUUUGUAGCUAGUAAGAUGGUGGCAUUCUUUCACAAGUAAUCUGAACAUAUAUGCACUGAGCUGAUUAAAGGGAAUGAUGAGUCAAAGGCAAUCUGUUUGCUUUUGCUAUGAGGCAAGACCAGGGCUGUGAUUAAUGUAGUAGCACAUCUUUGUGCCUGUGUAUAUAUCCAUUUAUUUAUAACCACUAAGCAAUUUUAUAAUGAUUUCUUCCCUCUGUGCUCCAUAAAAUUGAUGCAAUGUAAUUGAAUGACAUUACAUUAUAGUUAUAAGACUCACCCCAUUCUUUCACAUAUGAAUUUUCUGAAAGCACUUCCUUUAUUUUUCAGGAAAAGUAUGUAGUAAAGAAUUACAAAAUGCUUUAUUUAAACAAAUUGUAUAUGUUUAAAAAAAAUAAAAAAUAAAUUAUGUCAUAUUGUACAUACCAAGAAUUUGUAUAGCGGGAGUAUAACUCACGUUUUGAUAUUCAUGUAGGUUAUUUUUGUUCUGUCAAAUUGACCCACAGCUCCUCAUAUAUCAUCUUAAAAUAAAAAAUAAAAAUAAUAAAAAAAAUUAAAAAUAAACUAAACCAAACAAAAAAAAAAUUCUUUAGGUUUUUUUCAGGUUGAUUAUGGCUGGGGUAACCAAGAAGUUUCUUUCUUUUUUUGUUUGUUGUUUUUUUUUUGUAAAUAUUUUACUCACUGUCACAGCAAUGUUUACAGUUAAUAGAAUGAUGCUAGCUCAGUCGUUAGAAGUUCUAGUUUUAUUAACUUCUUUUGUAAAAUAGAUCUUCACACAAAAAUGUUGAACUUCAUUGUACAGGACCCAGCUACAGUAGCAGGUUGUCGUUCAGAAAGCCACGGUGCCGGAAGACAUAGCGGGUUAAAAGCAUAGCCAUACUUGAAGAUGCUUCAGAGUGUUUCUGAGGGAGUCAACAUUACUUGAAUGACUUUCCUGGCUUGACUUGUGCAUUUCAUGUGCUCAGCUCAAAGGUUAAGCUAGCAGUUUGUACACACUUGGUCUUUUUGCAGUUAAGACACUAAAGGUAUAAAAAUGUGCAACUUUUUUUUUUUUUUUGACAUUUUACUUUUUAAAUCUUCCCUAGUUCUCUCAAAGUUUGGUAUGCUACAAAAAAUUAUUUAAGGAUGGGUAAUACUGUAAGUAUUGUAAUGUAAUGGAUGCAGUUUAUUUGAAAAGUUGUUUAUUAUAUCAUUCCUGAUGUUGCCGACAUGUGGGUGUUCUCUCUCCCCCCCUUUUUUUUUAAAUAAAAUU